AAAGAGAAUGGCGCCGCGUACGUCUGGCCCAAUUUCCUAAUUUUUGCUAUGCGAGUACUCUCUAUAAUUUCAAAGCUUUGGUUUUGCUCUCUGUAGCAUAGCAACAGUAGUUUGUGUCAAGAUGGCAGACAACGACAAUAACCUCGCAAACGAAGGUGAGAAGGGAAAUGUAAAAAAGUCUUUAAAACUAAAGGAUGCAACACAUAAAUUAACAGCAGAAGCAUUAAGACAGUACAAGCAGAGUCAGUUAUACGAUGGGGAUGCCAGUCAAACUAAGAGCAAACCGGAGGAUUCUGCGAAGACUCCAGGUGAAGAAAUUCUGAAGAAUGAUAAAGAAGAAGAGAAUAGAAAUUUUUUUGAUGAGAAAAAACAUGAAGUGAUUGAAAAAGAAUGUGAUAGGAUUGAAAAUGAGGCUGAUCAUCAAUCUGGAAGUACUCAGCACACAGACAAUAAUGUUCAGGGAAUUAAUGAAUCUGCUGAAGUUUUAGAGUUACCUACAGAGGAUGUAAAGAAUGAGGCAUCAAAUGGCACUAAAGAUGAUGAUACGAAAGAUGCAGCUAUUAGUGAGGAUCACGGAAACAAGGAAAACAAAGCAGAAAAUACAAAGAACGCAGAAAAUGUAAGAGACCCGGAGAACGUAGAAAACUCAGAGAAUGUUACAGAGGAACCAAAAACUUCAGAUGAAUUAAAACAAAGCAAAAAUAUGAGAGAUGAUGGGGGUGCCAAUAAUUCUCCUGACCAAACUACAGAUAUUAACAGUGAAGACAAGCAAACUACCUUAGCCACCAAUGUGUCAGAUAUUCAAGAUGACACUCAAGCAGCAACAGGUGGAGUUGAAGCAAAUGCCAAUGUUAACAACUCUGCAGACGAUAAAGUGGCAGACACAAAAGAUGAAGAUAACAGUGUUCCAUUGGCAUCCGGAGAACAAGAAGAAAGACAGGAUGAUACUGCAGCAGAGCAAGAAGCUACACCAAUGACUGAUGAUAUAAAUGAAACAGAAAAUCUGACCAUUGAUGGAGCUGAUGGUGGAGUUUCCUCUAAAAGCCAAAAGGCUGAUGGGGUUGUCCAAGAGAAAACUGUAACUGAAAGAAAACAGAAUGUGGAAGGAGAAACUGGUAAAGGGAAUUUAGAAAGUAAUGGUAAAAAGGAUCAAGAAUCAAAAGAGAAUGCAACUGUUGACCAAGCGACGACAGCAGCUUCAGAUACACUGCCAGUUGAAGAUGCUUUACCAGCUCCACCUACAAUAGCUGCAGACGGUACAUCAGAACCUACAGAGACUUUAACAGCAGCUGCAGAGUUAGUAUUAGAACUAACUGCACAAGGUACUAAUGUUUCACAGAAUGUUGACAGAGAACAACCAGGUGAUGAAGGCACCAUAGAGCCAGCAACUGAAGAAGUGAAUAGAGGAGAUGAACAGCAAAUACCAACAAAUUUCUUCUACGAUGUGAUGGAGCUACAGUCUGUUGCCAAAAUAUCUGAAGAUUCAGGACUACCAAAGGAUAUGCUGAAAAUUCACCAUUCGUUUGGUUAUGAUUGUCUGAAACAUCAUAAUCUCCUGAUGUUGGAUGGCAACACUCUCCUCUUCAUAGCAGGUAACAUGGUGCAGCUGUUGAACAUUGUCACCAAGGAACAGAAGUACUUACGCAGUACCAGUGGUGGAGGCAUUGGAGCAAUUGCUGUUCACCCAAGUGGCAAGUAUUUUGCCAUUGCAGAGAAAGGAGUUUUGCCAAAUAUUAACAUAUACGAGUUUCCAUCUCUAAGACUGUACCGCAUCUUACGGGAAGGUACAGAGACAGCAUACGCACACAUUGACUUCAAUCCAUCAGGCACCUUGCUUGCUUCUGUGGGUUCCAGUCCAGAUUUCAUGCUCACCCUAUGGAACUGGACAGAGGAGAUGAUCAUGUUGCGAUCCAAGGCUUUCUCUCAAGAUGUCUUUCGUGUCACGUUUUCACCAGACAAUGAGGGGCAGCUGACAACGAGUGGUAUUGGCCAUAUAAGAUUCUGGAAAAUGGCGAAUACCUUCACUGGCUUAAAACUUCAGGGACAGUUGGGUAAGUUUGGUCGCACAGCCAUCUCUGACAUCCGUGGCUAUGUGGAACUACCAGAUGGGAAAGUACUUUCAGGAACCGAGUGGGGAAACAUGCUAUUAUGGGAUGGUGGGUUGAUCAAAGUGCAGAUUUCACGUAAGCAUAAAAAACAUUGUCAUGCUGGACCUAUUGAGCAGUUUGUAAUGGAUGAGGGGGAGCUGAUUACUAUUGGAGCUGAUGGAUUUAUUCGAGUCUGGGAUUUUGAAAGUAUAGAUACUGCGGAUUCUCCUGAUGAUUCCGGAAUCUUUGAGAUGGAACCGAUGAACGAAUUGAAAGUAGGGAAUGAUGUCUAUCUACGCUCAAUGAUCAAAUCGCUAGAUCCUGAGGUGCAAAGCAUUUGGUUUGCUCAGGAUGCUAAUGGUGCCAUAUGGAAGUUGGAUUUGUCUUUUUCUCACACUACCAAGGAUCCAGAGCGGCUGUUUUCAUUCCAUUCUGGUGCUAUAAAUCAGACUGUGUCAUCAACCGUAUCACAGCUAGUUGCAACAACCGGUGCUGAUCAUACGGUUAGAGUGUACGACUACAGCUCCAAAAAACCAUUAUGUCAAACCAGGUUCAAUGCAGGUGGAUCGUCAUUGCUAUGGAUACCAGAAAUUAUUGAUCCAAAAGGCCGAACAAUCUUGGCCGGGUUUGAAGAUGGUGUGGUUCGUGUUUUGACAGUUUCCAAACGUGAUCCUAAAAACCUUACACCAGUAAAAUGGCAAUCACAGGCAACAGAUGCUCAACUGUUGCUCAAGCAAGCGUUUAAACCACAGAGUUCAAAGGUCACCUCAAUGGCAAUAGACUCGAAAGGGGAGUUUCUGUGUACUGGGGGUGCUGAUAGCACAGUAUUCUUCAUGACUAUUGGGGAUGUAUAUAAACCUAUUGGCUUUGUGGAUGUUCCAGGGCCAGUAACCCACAUGACCUGGUCACCUUCACACUAUGAGAGAAAUACAGUGCUUGUGUUCUGUGCGAAUGGUGAGGUUGUUGAGAUUGAAGCACCAGAUGCCGACUCCUACGACACUUCAAAAACCUUUAGACUGAACAAUGUCAAGAUGAGGAAUGCCACUUUUAAAAGUGUCAAGUCAAAAUUGAGGAGAAAAGAAGAAGAAAAGAGAAGAGAGGAAGAAGAAGAAAAGAGAAGAAUAGAAGAAGAAAAGCAACGAAGAAUCCGAAGAGAACGUGGUAUUGAAUCGGAUGAUGAAGAUGAUGAUAAGAAAGAAAAAGAAGAAGAGGAGUUGCUACCCCCUCUGUUCAUACCAGAGGAGGCUAGCCCCAUUCACUGCGGUUUCUACACUCCCAAUGAUCCAAACAAGUUCUGGGUUUCAAUGGGUGGGUAUGAUGCAGGGUACCUAUAUGAAUGCGAAUUUCCAGAUGAGAAGAAAAACAUGCAGUUGAAGCGAGCAGAUCGUGAGGAGGAUAUUGGAGAUCCAACUCAGGCAGUCCCUGUUGUUGACAGUAACGACACUCCUAUUACCAACAUUACUUUCAGUAAAAAUGGACAGCAAGUAAUCUUUGGCUUUGAAGAUGGCUCAAUCCGUAUCCAGUCUGUGAACCAAGAGGGCUUGAAAGUUAAACCCAAUUACUCUCAAGGAGAUCUGUCAAAUCUUGGGCCACACUGGACAUUGACUGUACAUGACAAUAAUUAUGGUAAAGUAACCAGUGUGGAAACAAGCAUGGAUGAUCGUUAUAUCUUCACUACUGGAACAGAUGGUAACUUCUUCGUCUAUGAAUUGAUGACUCAAGAACAGAUAGAGGAAGCUAAGGCCAUUGCUAGAGCUAAAAUUCCAUCGGCCAAGAAAGAAGACUUAGAAAGAAAAGCUGAUGAUAUUGAAAGCAAAGAUCAUUACAGCAUUGAGGUGGAGAAACAGAAGGCAGAGCACGACAAGAUGAUGAAGCUAGCAGAGGAAAAGAAAGUGAACGUAAGAAGAACUAUAGCUAAGCUGAGACGCCAGUUCAAGAAACUUUUGGACACAAAUUCUGAUUUACCAGAACAUCUGCAACUGGAGAGGAAGGAGUUUGAGAUGGAUCCAGAGAUCAAGAAGGAUAUGGAACGGCAAACUGCUCAAAGAAUCGAACUUGUCCGUAAAGAAUUAGCAUGGGAAACGGAAAAGCAUCAGAUUUCCCUGGACAAAUUAAAAAAAAGAUUCAAAGAUGAACUGGAGUGUGAGAGAAUCACUGUCAUAUCCAUCCAGAGUAGUCAUGAGGUCUCCACCUUCCGUACAUCAGAGCUUUCAGAAGAGUUCUACGAGCUGAAAGAAGACAUGAUAAGUCGACAAGCAACCAGGACAGAGAGAGGUUUGAGUAGAGACACCACUCGGGAAGCACUAAUGAGGCAGGCUAAGAGGUCUGAGAGUGAAUCGGAUACUAUGAUAGGCCUAGGUGCCCAGGAUCACAAGAAGGCUACUGUGCUUACUGGUAGACUUGGGGAAAAGAUUGCUAAUGCUUUGCAAAAAGCCGAAAAAAUUAAGAAGAAACGGGAAGCAAGACAGGCACAGUGGGACGAACUACAUGCUCACAAGCCACCAGAGGACUACGAAGAUCCAAAUGAUAUCCGCGCCAUCAAGGAAGCACAAGAGCACAUGGGUGACUUCAAGCUGAAGACAGCCAAGGAUUACGUCGUGCCGGAACAUCUACGCAUGAAUGCACUUAAAAAACGGAAUCAACUGAUCAUCUUGAAAGAACUAAUACAUCAACACCAAUAUGAGUUCAACUGCAAAGUGAUUGCUCUGCGAAACAAGAAAGUUCGCAUGAUCACCGACAUAAAGGAUUACCUACAGGAGCUUGUAGAAUUACAGAAAAACCUCCCACCAGAACAGUGCAAGAUGUUACCAACUUGUCCAGAACUUCACCCCUGUGAGGUGCCGGAGAAAAAAUUUGAGUUCACCAGAGAGAGCUUAAUUAAGUUCAAGGAGGAAAUGGCAGUGAGAGCUGUUAAUAAAAUCAAGGGUGUUGAGAGCGGUGGAUUUGGAGGAUUCGGUGGAUUUGGUGGAGCAGGAACAGCGCCCCCGACUGCAGAACCAACGAAACAGGAUACAGGCACUCCAUCCAAAGCAAGUACACCCCUGGCUGCAAAGCAGGUGUCGUCCAUGUCCAUCAGGUCGUCAGGUGUUUCAUUUGAGACUCUGCCAUCGUCUGAUAAAGCCUUGUCUGCUCUUGAACAGCAGCUUCUCAAAGUAAAUGAGAUUAGAGUUCUCUUUAGACAGGACACCAUCUUGAAGAAAAUUGACGAGCUGAUCAGGAACUUUGAUGCUGAACUUAGAAUACUCCGCCAUUACAAGUUUAGAGAGGACAUUGAUCUUAAGAAUGCUGAACUCAGGCAAGUAACAUUGUUUGAGGAGCUGCAUCCAAGGCAGUCAAAACACCUUUAUCAAUUAUCUAUUGUGAAAGCACUUUUGUUUUCUUUCUCUGAACAGCUUGAGAAGCAACAGAAACUUAACGAACUUGACAUUGUAGUAACCCUAAAGCUACACCAAGUUGAACAUGUAGUUAAUGGAGCAUUGCCUCAAGAUCUCACAUCUACCCUCGUAUUUACUAACACCAGCAUGAUCAAGCUUCAGCGUCGUAUCACAGAAUUGAAAGAAGAGAAAACCACUCAGAGAAGACUUUACAAGGAGCACCGACAGCAACAUGUGCGUUUGAUUAAAGAACGCAAGCUGAUGGAGACACGCAUUGUAGAGCUUGAAGAGCAAUGUAAGGAGGCUAUGAUCCAGAAGUUUGGUUGUGUUGUAGAUCUCGAAAAGAUUGAAACCAUUGGUGUUAACAGGAAUAUUGAGGAGCUCAAAGAGAGAAUUCGACAAAAUGAACUUGCUAAUUCAAGUGAUAUUCAAAAAUGGCAGGAAAAAAUUGAGAGUAAAAAGGAUCGAAUAACAGAGCUAACUAGAGAGAAUACGGAAGCUAUUCGACGGCUAACCAUGCUACUGGGAGAGAACGAAGGAUUGGAAAAGGCUCUGGAUUCACGACAGAAAACACUGAGUCUUGGACCAGCGUUGAUGGGAGGAGAAUUCCAAGGCAGUCGUAAGGCAGAUUUAGAAGAGAAGCAGCGACUGAUACAAUUAGUUCAGCUACAAGCACAAGAGAUUGAAGCUCUAAAAGAAGAGAUAAGCUUACUGUCACGUAAAGGAGGUCACAUUUUACCACCUACCCAGCCACCGAUGCCCCCCACACCACAUGCCAACAGGCAAGUGGUGUCCAGCAGUGGGCCCACAUAAAUGCAGAACAAAGUAGUAUUACACAUAGAAUGAUAUAUUAUAUUAAACAUAUAACAAAACACAUUCUAUUGCUUUUAAUUUUUGAUUUGUAGCUUAUUGUGUACAGUAUAUUGAAAAGUUUGUAUGAUUCUUAUUGUAUCACCCACUUAGGGUAGCCUAAAUAGACAAACAUAAAAUUAAUAUAUUUAUUGUUUAUGUAAUUAUAUUGUUUAUAUAUUAGUAUCAAUAAUUACAUUAACUCCAAAUCAACCGCAAAAAUAUAGUUCAUGCUUUUAUUUUCAUGAAACUUGACUCCCUUUUUACUUACUUAAGCAGUUGCAGCCUACCAUUAAGAGUUUAUCAUCGAACCAACCACAAAUGAAAACAAAUGUCAUACAAUUUCAUGACAGUAAUUCUGUGUAUUCGUUAUCCUCAGAUAACUCAUUCAUAAUUAGAAUCCGUCCAUGAUUAAAUAAUAUAUUGUAUGCAAUUCUUUAAAAAUAUAGACUGGAUAUUUUUGUAGUUGGAAAUUCUGCAUUUAAAGAAAACAUUACAAUGAGAUGAGUUUUGUUGUUGCAAUACAGUACAUACCAUACCAUUUAAAUUAAAAAUUGCAUAUGCAUAUAUUUAAUAAUUUACCUAUUUUAUAAUUCCGAAUAUAUUUUGUAAAUAUUUUUUAAGUAAUUCAGGACCAAACCAAUACUUUUAAUCCGUCCAAGAAUAAUAUGAAAGUAUCUUCCUUGCAUUUAGAGAUAAUACCAAAUGUUAUUUCAGAGUGAUAUACUGUAUUGUUAUUGUGAGAAAUAUAAAAUGAAGAAAAGCAA